GAAAACAAAGACAGGAAGAGAAACGUCUUGAUACGAGGGGUCCCAGAGAACUCAAAGGGAGAAAGUCUGCAAGAGGUGGUUUGUAAAAUACUUAAUACUAUAACAGACAGCUCUGAAAUGGAAAGGACUAAAAUAGAAGGAACCUUUAGAAAAGGAAAAAUUCAGAGAAUUCUGGGGAAAGAAAGGCCGCGAGAUAUACUAGUUAAAUUUUAUGAGCUUCGGGAUAAAGAAAAAAUCUGGAAGAAGAUCAAGGGAAAACCAGUAAUUAAGUAUGAAGGAGGAGACACACAGAUAUAUGCGGAUCUGGCCCCAGAGACUCUGUGGAGAAGGAGAUUUUUGAGACCCCUAUUGGAAAGGUUGAAAGAACAUAAUGCGCAAUAUAGAUGGGGGACUCCCGAAUGCUUAAUAGGAUGGAAAAAUGGGACUACAGCAUACCUCAGGUUUCCAGAAGAUUUGAAA